AUGGAGAGGAACGACGACUCGUGCCUGGCCGGCUUUGAGGAACUCGGCGAAGAGCUGGUCGUCGUUUGUUCGAGUCGCCUUGUCGUACCACUGGGACUUGCGGGACCAGUAGUACGGGUAGAAUACAUACUGCAUCUGCUCCCAUUCGAAUGCCUGCUCGAAGAAGCGCGCGAAUUCGCCAUCGUGGACGGCCGGCGUGUAGUUGGGUCGUGGGAAGAGCUGUGGCGGCGAGUUGCUGUCAUCCUGAGUGAGGAGUUGGAUGGCUCCGCGCUUCAGCUCGGUCCGCUCGGUGAUGCGGUUUCUGUCCGGGUUGGUGCUCCCAAGGGGCCCCCCAGAGACAUCCUGGGACAUUCGUUGUGCUGCCAAGGCAUCCUGAUAGUCUCUGACUUUCGUUUGGUACGCUGCCAGAAUCUUGGCAUGUGUGUUGAGCUGCCAUUGCUGUAUGGAAGCGGCAGUGGGCUGGCAUUCGAUUUCUACUACGACAGCAUAAUCAGAGACGCCCCAGGUUUCGAUGGCGACUCCAAUUUGUUUUCCACACGGGGUUUUCAGGUCCACAUACGGGCUUCCUCCGACAGGUGGAAUUGGAUAGUCAAGUUGUUGGAGGUGCCACUGAUAUUUGACAUCAGCGACAAAGACCAGCAACCCGUUCUCGCCCUUGUCAGAAUAGUUGUAUUUUCCGUCAACGUGCACCCUGACCGCUUCAUACCAAUCCGGGAUGUCGAGCUCUCCGGCUUUGUCGUUGGCUUUGUCAUCAGUUGCAAGGGUAAAAGUCUUUGCCACACUGACGUUGUCGACUGGCGGUGGGGCGACUCCUUCAACGUCAUACUUUGCAAGGAACCUCCCGUAGCUAUUUGGGACCUUGUAGUUAAGGUCUGA